UGACGGGUGGCUGUGCCGACAAUUUGGCUCUACGGCUACGGCAUUCUUCUGAACGAUAGCGAAUGAAUGCCUGACAUCAUGGACACUUGCGAUUCUUCAAGUGACCUUUCUUGGCAGCCAGCUAAAGAGAUGGUUUUUAAUUGUGAUCCUCUACUACCAUCAUCAUAUCUUCACACCUGUGGAAAAAUUUCCUUGGAACUUGGCGUUGCUGAGGACGUACUAAAAAUAAUAGAGGAAAAUGAGGAAAGCUGUGUUAAAUCUGCUGAAUCUCAAAAUUCGGACCUGAUUCCUGCUUUUUAUGAAGGUGGCUUGAAAGUUUGGGAAUGUACAGACGAUUUGUUAGGGUUCCUGUCAAAUCCAUCCAACAUACAGCAGAAAUUAAAAGAUUCAGCUGUGCUGGAUCUUGGUUGUGGCUCAGGAGCUGUGGGAAUAUCCUGCUUGAUGUGUGAGGCAUCGCAAGUUCACUUUCAAGACUAUAACGAAGAAGUCAUAAAAUAUUACACCAGGCCAAAUGUGACUUUAAAUUUCCCUGGUGUCAAUGUGGAGGACAAAGUUCGAUAUUUCUCUGGUGACUGGGAAUCUUUCUGCGGACUGGUGCAGGAUGUAAAAUAUGACCUAAUCUUCACAUCUGAAACUAUAUACAAUCCAGAUUGCUACAAAAAGUUGUUAAAAGUUUUCAAGCAACUUCUCAAACCAGAGGGCCACGUUUAUGUUGCUGCCAAGACGUACUACUUUGGAGUAGGUGGAGGCACAAGACAAUUUGAAGAAGCUCUGGAAACGGAUGGAGUUUUCAAGAGUGAAGUAGUGUGGAAAUUUGAUGCAGGUCUUAACCGGGAAAUUCUCAAACUGACUUGGCUAUGAUGGGGCUCAAAUAAAGGUCAGUUGACAAAAUUCUAUUAUUACAGAUCAAGCGCACAUUUAUUGUGUUAAAAUUAAGGAAACAAACUUAAUUACAUAGUGUGCAUUAUCUUUAAUGGAAGACUUGCGAUUAUGCACAAAAAAUAAAAUGAAUAUGUAUCACACAAUAAAUUUUUAUGGAGCUAGUCGCUCAAACACCCAUCCAUCUUCUCCAAGGUGUGUUGUUUCCCCAUUUGCUUCAGAAGCAUCUGCUUUACGGAAAACAAUCCGAUCGUGCACGCGGUUGCUUUGACCUUGCCAGAAUUCAACUUUGUUUGCAACGACCAAGUAGCCACCCCUGUGCAACAGAAAAACGAUUCAAUUUGUUUCAAAACUAUUAGGCACUUUGAAUUUUAUCAACGGCCUCUAUUUAAAAUGAAGUCGUUUGUUAGAGCAGUAUUAUUUAACGCACCAUUCAUCUGGGCGGUCAAUUUCCUUGUUUUCAUACUGGGCAGUGAUUUCUCUCUCGCGAGCAGCCAGCUCUUCUCGUCCGUGGAUAAUUGUACUCUGAUGACUUACGACGGCGCCAAUUUGACUGUCGCGAGGUCUCUCAUGGAAAUAUUUGUCAGACUCUGAAGCACUUAUUUUCUCAGCUAAGCCUUCAAUGCGGACCUAGUUGAAGAAGAUUCAGCUAAGCAUCAUUAAACUCAAAAUAUCUUACUGAUCGCUUCAGGGCUUCCCAGUAGAAAGUUAGCGCUGCCUUCGGAUUUUCAGCCUGUUUAAAAUAAUUAAUAUUGCAAUUCGAAUUCAGUCAUAGAGGCAUUAUUUAGUACCAGAUCUUUCCCUUUCCUACUUGAAUAAUUAGUGAAGAACCGGAAACCUUCCUUGCCAAAGUUCUUGAGCAGCACAUAUCUGCAGGAAGGUGUCCCAUCUCUGAAAAACACAUCUUUCUUAAUUGAAAUAUCCACUUUCCGCCUUUGUAUUACUUUGAGGCAGUAGCAAGGCACAUGGCGUUGGCCUCCAAUAUCCCCGGCGUUUUACAGGCUUCAUCGAACCAGACUUUGAAUUGCCCGAUCGGUUCCCUGCAAGCCAAGUCACUCUCCAAGAAAAGUUCCUUCUUGUCGAGAUAUUUAAUCCUCAUUCCUUAAUAAUUAAAUCCAGAAUCAGAUCAUAUUUAUACUAUCUAAGAUCUGACAAAAUUUUUACCACUUAUGUCUACUGACAAAGGAGCACUCGGAGUUGCAGCCAUUCUAACCGCUCUGUAGCCUGCGUUUAAAAUUGGUCUAGCAUGAGACAAAAUUUUGGCCAUUAAACUGAAAUUACCAGAGAAGCAUUUAUUCAAAUAGUGGGAGACACCUCAUAAAAUGAUAUGUAAAAUGGAAACCAAUCUUAUCUGCAGUUGCAAAAUAUGGGUUCAAAGUUCACAGAUUUGGCAAAACAGACAUUUGAAAAAAUACUAACUGCGUCACAGAAUAAUUUUCAGCAAAGCUUUAUAGACAAAAUUAUCAAAGCGUAAUUUAAGGUCAAAUGGUCUCUGCAGAUAGGCGUAUUAAACUCUAAAAAAUCUGACAGCCAGCUGAAAUUGUUUAAAUCUAUUUUUCUGGAGCUGUAUAAUACCUUGCUGCUUGAAGCCUGGAGUGUGUCAGCUGUGUUGUUAUGUAAUGUGGGUGUGGCAAGGCCUAUUGACUGGUGGAGCGCAGGCAACCGUGUGAGCGUCUUCGUAAUCCCGGUUGCAUACUCCUUGACUUGUGCAGGGGCUCGUAAUAAAGUGAACGUACACGCUCUCGUGUUCUUUGCUCCUCUCAUUUAUCUUCCAUCACGAACUUUUAUUGUUCGUUCGUAUUUGCAAAUUACAUGUUGCACCCGCCCUAGAUUAUCUCUAUCCCAUUUAUAAUCCCGAGAGAAGAUUAUUAAGCCGGGUAUGUCGCUAUGAUCCAGUAAAUUUCUGUGCAUAUAAAUUAAGCGAUUAUUAAUCCACCUUUGCCAGCUGUAAUGAUAUAUUUUGUUGAAAGUAUGGGAAAAUAUAUUAAGAUUCGCGCAAUAAAAAAUUAAGACAUGACUUUUCAUAGUAGUUGUUUACUUUUAAUAAUUUAAUCAAUUUAAUUGAUCUGACAUGUGUUAUUUUUACUUGGCUAAUAUCAAUUCUAUUUUGGCAUCUCUAUGUUGUGGACAGGUUGUUUGGAAAAUAAAACGCUCUUUUUAGUGUGGUUAAUUUUGAUGGCUUUUAUAUUGGAGCGCGAUUCUCAUUAAUUACAGAAGCUCUCACACUAUUCCUAAUUCGGUCAGUUAGAAUUUUUGAUUCCAAGAAAAACAAUGUUUGCAAACGAAAUGACACAAUAUUGCAACAGCUGCAAGUUUUCACCUAAGUUAAGCUAAUAAUUUUGAAAUGGGAGUCAUUAAACAAAACAAAGGUGGGGGUACAGGGAUUUCAAUCAAUUAAUUCGCGUCGACUAGAAUAACUCAAGAAAAGUUUGCACCAGUUUGUGUUCUAAAAAAUUAGAACUUGGCCAACUUUUUUACAAAUUACAGUGGAUCAUAAUUAAAAAAAGCCUAACACAACCUUUUCGCUUCCAGGUGUGUGAAAUCAUUACAGGAACUUUUACAACAAUGCAGCACGUGUGUUGUGAGCAGUUGAAGCGAUGAUUUACCCUUAAAGUUUCACGCCAGACAGUCUGGCGUGGUGUUUAGUAAUUUCCCACUCCUGUGGUCGCUAAUUUAAAAAAAGU